CGACACGCCUUCCGAAACACAACAGACUUGCUAGAGUGUGCCUACCGGCAAGUGUAAGUGGAGCGUUUGAGGAAGAAAUCGGUGUUUAAUCGUUGUGACAGUUGUGAAAAGUGACAUUCUUUGAUAGUACGGUUUAGUCUGAGGAUGCCUAACCACAAACACCACCGUAAUCAUCGUUCUAAGGAGGAGGAUACGAACAACAAUAUCGAGCAUGUCGAAGCGAAUAACAACAGUCAUGGCCGCCAGGCGCGAGUCGACAAUGACGGGCCCCGAAUGUUCGUGUGUUGUGUCCCGUCCAACUGCCGGAAUCCGGAGGAGACAAUUGACGAGCACGAGCCAGGAAGAGCUGUGAAAGUUUUCUGUAAUAAUGAAAAUUGCCAGAACGGAACAUGGAUGCAUAAGGAGUGUUUUGACGAGUGGGAACAGUCGGUUCUGAGCUAUUUGCGAUCAUGUGGCCGUGCCCGAAGUUGGAGCGAGAGGCAGCGGCUGCAAAACCUGUGGACCAAGAAAGGCUACGACCUCGCUUUUAAAGCCUGCGACUGCAAAUGUGGACGAGGGCAUAUCAGAAAGGAUCUAAACUACAUCCCGUCGACAGUUCCAGUUGACAAUGCCAAGAAACUGAAGAAACACAAGAAGAAGAAUGACAAACCCAUGCCAGUGGUGAGUACGUCCCACAAACCGUCUCACAACGCCAACAAUCAUCAGAACCACACAACUUCCAAUGCCAACAACAAUAACAACAACAGCACCAGCAGCAGCGUAAGUGCUAACAUCAACAUCAUUAACAACAACAGCUGCAGCAGCAGCACCGGCACCAGCAACCCCAUCAGCUCCAGUCCUGGGUCGCAACGCAUUCGAACCAGCAGCAUCAGCAGUACUGGCAGCAGCCCCCCCAAUUCUGCAACUUCCUGUUCACCAUUGUCAUCCUCCCCAGUAGGAGGAGGGACUUUCGUCUUCAAGGUUAAUGGCAAGAAAUCGGACUUCUUUGCUGAUCAUGCUCAAGCUGCGGCAGGAAACAUCUUCAAGAAGCGUCAAGACUUCUCUGCAUUCAACAUCGUCCCAAGGGUGCGACAGAACCCUUAUAACAUUAAGAUGGAAGAUGAAGGCCCCUAUGGGAAUGAUGAUGUCCGCAGCUUCGUCCUCUCGGCGCUGAGCUCCUACAAGCUGACAUCUAUCCCGUGUGUACUUUGCAAGUCAAACCUCCCAGUUUUCGACCACUACCCACUGAUAGAUGGAACUUUUUUCCUUUCACCACAAGCCUAUGAUGAGAGAGUUGUACAAGUUAUCUGGGAGGGACGCAUACAGUUCCUCAACUCCAUCUGCGUCUGCUGCAUGGAGGGAAGAGCCGACAUCAAAUGUGCUUCCUGCAAGCGCAAAUGGAACAGCAGUACCUACGUCCUGGGCACCAUGUACACCUACGACAUCUUCGCAGCAAUGCCUUGCUGCCAAAAGCGCUUGACCUGCAAACACUGUCGUCGCGCUGUAGUGGAUGUAAAAUCGGGACUGAACUUUUUCAGCCAGUACAGCCAGAUGAUAAUCUGCCCAUAUUGCAAAGCAAAUGAUUACCACUUCAUUCGACCAUUGAAUGAAACCUACAUUGUGAAGCAGCCUAUAUGUUACUGAGGCUUAGACCAUGUGCUUCAUUGCUAGUCUGGAGUUUCACCUCAUCGUCAUCUCAUCUCCACAAGGUAGUAGUAUGUGCAUGGUAUGACGGAUCUUUGGUAUGACAAGCUCACCUGUCGGCCAUCCGAAGCUUGUUCAUGGACAGGAUGUUCAAGGACAAAAUAUGUGGUAUUGCAAGUUUUGCACAUUCACAUACUUGGAAUAUCAUUUACUUUGUCCCAUCGGAAUGUGUAAUUUCAUUGGUGUGUGACCGAAAUGUUCGGGGAUGGCUUUUUGCUUGUUGCAAGUUUGCGUUUUGUGAAUCAAAAGAUGCUGAAUGAAAGAGGGUCAGGAUGUUUGACAUAUUUUUGAGUUGAGCUUAAAGCACAUACUGUUGAGGAUGUGGAUAAAUUCUUGUUUAGAAACAUUGGAGAAUAUUGUUUUUUGUGUUGACCAUUAGUCCAUUGUUCAUGAUCAUUACUGGGCAAGGUAUUUGCCCUAUAUCCAUUUCUUUGGUGCAACAUUUAAUGUGAUGUGACAUAUUGGUUAUCAGUGGGACUUAUUCAGUUGCGGAUCCUCGCCUCAAAGACUCCAUGAUGCGACCCACCCUUUAGUGUUGUAUACGCAUUCUAAUGGACCAUGUAUUGUCAACUUGACUUGCUCGUUCGUCGAGUAGGGAAGCUUUUGAAGGCAGCUAAAGUUCUCAUUCAGGCUAUAGUUACUAGCUAGUUUAUUUAUGACUUGCAGCAUAGCACAAGUAUUCCUUAGAGUAGAUGUUUGAAAAACAACUAAUGUCAGUUUGUGUUGGAUAUUUGGAAAGAUACAAAAGUAUCUUGACAGCCAUUUUGAAUUAUUCACUACAUGGUACAAAUUUCCAUAAUUUUAUUUGUUCAAGAUUAAAAAACCUGUGCGGUAUUUUGAAAUUUGUUUCUCAUCUUAAUGAUAGAUAAACAAUUAUAUGGAUGUUUAUGUUCAAUAAAUUUGGCAAUUAUGAUUUUUCAAACAUGCUGAGAUCAUUUCUCAGAAUCAUUUCAUACAAUAUUUGUAGAUUACAAAUAAACAAUUUGAAAUAUUCUUGAAAAAUGUUUUUGUUGCCAUGGAAACAAUCCAUGAGGAACCUGGCCCAUGUUUUCCUGUGGAAUUGGAUGUGUAGUUAUUAAUUGAUCAUGGCUGCCAGCAUUCUUAAUCAUAUAGCUGAAACUGUACUGCAGUAUUUGUACAAAUAGUGUAUUUUUGCUUUGUGUUUCUUAAAGGAUAUAUACUGCUGACUGGUACAUGUUUUGAAGGAAAAAGACUUUCGUUUCUUAGUGGUAUGUGGAGUUUUCACUCCAUUGACUGAAGGCAAAAUGGCAUUUAUAUAUUCCUAACUUGUAUUGAGACGGUGCUGAAAAUGUCACGGCCAGUGCCAUUUUACUACACCAAAUAAACCUCAUCUUUCUUUA